AUGCCCGUGAUUGCGUUGGGCUGGUCCCGUCUGCUGUGCGCGCGUGUCGUCGCUCUGCUGUUCACCUGCGUGGCGUUCAGCGUGGCGGCACACGGCGCGCGCUUGCCUCCCGGCGGAAUGGCGUCCUGGUGCAUCUUCUGCUGGGCCUUCAGCUUCGCUGCCACAGCCUUGAUCCUGCUGGUGGAGCUUCUGGGCCUGCAAGCACGCGUGCCGGUGUCCUGGUCCAAUUUCCCCAUUACGGUGGCGUGCUACGCCGCCCUCCUCUGCCUCUCCGCAUCCGUCAUCUUCCCGCUGAACUUCCUGCGGGACAGCGUUUACUACGACGAAGCGCGUGAGCACCGCGUGGCCUCCACCGUCUUCUCCUGCCUGGCGGCGGUGGCCUACAUGGUGGAGGUGUGCCUGACCAAAGCGCGACCCGGCGAGGUGGCGGGCUACAUGGCCACGGUGCCGGGUUUGCUCAAGGUGUGCCAGACCUUCGUGGCGUGCGUCAUCUUCAUCCUGGUCAGCGAGCCCGUCGCGUACGAGAGUCACGCCGCGCUCCAGUGGUGCAUGGCCGUCUACUGCAUCUGCUUUAUCCUCUCCAUUGCCGUGGUGGUGAUGUGCGUGGGGGAGUGCACCGGGUACCUGCCAUUGCCUUUUCCCCGCUUCCUGUCGGCGUUCGGGCUCCUGGCGGUUGCCAUGUAUCUAACGGCCACAAUCCUCUGGCCAGUCUUCCAGUUCAGCAAGCGCUACGGGGGCAGAGGUGCCGAGUCCAGCCUGAUCGCGGUGGCGGUCCUCACCGGCCUCAACUUCCUGCUUUACCUCGCCGACCUAGCGCACACUGCCAGACUUGUAUUUGUCAGUAUGUGA